UUCUAUUUGUUCGAUGAUAAAUUUUAGAAUACUCUAAACUCAUCAACCGUUAGUUGAGAUUCUACGUUAUCAACGACCAAUCCUUGGUAGUAUGCUACCAUUCAGACAAACCGGGGCCUGAUCUUCAUCUUGCAACAGGCCCCAACAGGUUGCGCAGCAGGUAGUUGGGUCCGUAUCAAUCCCCUCCGCUGUUCUCCAGCAGCGGGGACCAGCGGGAUGCCACCUGCGCGGCGAUUGGUUAGUUUGCUGGCAGGUCAAACGGCAACACAUCGGUCGGCGUUUGUCACACUUAUCUGCCGCUUCGGAGCGGAGCGCGCGGUUCCUACGCAUUUUUGCGUUUUACCUGUAACGAUCGGUACACGUGUGAGCGAACGUAAACCGCAAACGAGUAACGCGCUGUGCAAUCCAGGAACAGAGAACGGGAGAACCCUCUGGGACGACGUAAGACAGUGGCGAACCCAGAGGGGUCCAUAGAAUCUGAGUUACGAGUUCGAGUUCGCGCUCGCGCCGAGAAUCGCUUUUCAAACGAGCGCAGGACAAUGAGGCGCUCUAGAACGCCCGGGUAUUUUGACAUGUGCAACUUAUAGUGUAUUUUAUUAUUGUGUUUUUACAUAAUAAGUUGUACUAAGGAAUAUUUGCAAGCAGACGGCAAGACGGUGAAUGAAAAGGGACGCGUCGCUGGAACGCAGCGCGACACGAGAGAGCUACGAGAAUGCCGACAGACGUGACCGGGAACUUAGGACUCGCGGUAGUGGCAGGAGAUGUCCUUGCUUUGCGAGGUACAGGACUUCUUGCUGCAGAAACAUGGGCUCUCCUUUGCCAGGCUGCCCAGGCCCUCCAGGAUCUUUUUCUUUCAAAUGGAGGCGUGGUAGGUGGUUCGAGAGCAGGACCGGUGGUGACUCCGCACACACUGGAACUGACACCACGUGGUAGGGUUUUGCUGCAGCUCGCACCACCGGAAACUGCUCGUGCGUACCUGCCGCCAGAAUAUCGACCCGGUCGCGUUUAUUCAGACACGGAUUCGGAAAAAAUGUGGAUGUAUUCUUUAGGAAGAGCGUUAUUGGACACGACUCCUAGAGCAGCGGCGUUAACGGGGACUGUCUCCGUUUCACCUUCUUCUGCUUUGCAAUCUGUGUUGGCUGCCAUGACGGAGCCUGAUCCUCGCAGACGUGCCUCUUUGAUGAAUUUACUCGACGUGAUAUCUGAAUAUUGUCGGACGCGUUUACAAGCCAAGCCUUUUACGCACAUAGUAAUGGAAAUGUAUCGGGAAGUUGUGCGGUCGCCCCAGUACGCUGCGCGAAAACGAGCGACAUAUUAUCAGAUGAACGCCAAAUAUCCUACGCGGGUCAUCACCGAACAAUCAAAUCACCAAAAGACCUACGGUUAUCGUCAUCAUUUACAACGGCAACAACAGACUCACAUUCAACCAGCUGCAAACGAUCAGCCGUUGUCGUUUCAACAACAGGAUGUUCGUGUCGGGCAACACUUGUCGAAUCAGCUGACUGUUCAACAGCGUCAUCAGCCACAACUACAACAGAAUUACGUUCCGGAUAAUCAAUUUCGUUCGCUGCAACAUCACACACAGGAUUAUACGCAACAUCCGCCAAAGAGCCAGAAAGAUUAUCACUACAAUUAUCACAAUUAUCACAUGAAAGGGACGCAUUUUAGAGCGCAAUCGCGCAAUUCUCAGUCGCAUCCUAAUUUAACGAGCUUAAGCGGAACGCAGCAGCAGCAAUAUCAAGAAGCUACCUUGAGCGCUUACAAAGCGCAGUUUCCAUCGCAGUUGGAUAUCCAGAGCGGCAGCCGAUCGAUCGGACCGUCAACAACAUAUCAUCAACGCCGGAUUUAUCAUCAUUCGCGGACGUAUUCGCAGCCAGUUUACACGCGGCUUCAACACACCAGAAGUAGCGGCAAUUUGCCGACGACGAUGAAUGCGACGGCCGAUGGUAAUCCCGACGGAAAUGUUUACACCGAUCCGAUAUAUGCCCUGCCGGUUAAGCCCUUCUUAAGCUCCCAGGAUGUGAGAGUCAAUGGAUUGUCGGCAAAACCUCCCGCGAUCCGCGGCAUCGAAGCUUACGGCAGAUCAUCGUCAAUAAACAGGCAUCCUUCGAACACCGGCCGUUCACAAUCCGACGUAAGUUCGCAACCGAGCGAGCGUCUUUGCGAGGAUCUUUACGGACGAGUACCUCCGGAAAGAAUAUUUCUACAAAGACAACACUCAAACCCCCAGUUGCCGAGCAGAGUACAAUCUGACAAAGAUUUCAAGCGACUGUCGCAACCGAGUGUUGCGACUACCGAGCUUCGAUGUGGCAGCGGUGGUGUCACACGAAAGGAAGAACAGACGAUUCGACAACAAAAUCCAGUGUCUUCCAUAAAGCUCAGAGGAAUUCAGGGACCUCCGAAGCCACCUCGAAUUAUCACUUCUCUCAGAAGAGCUGCUUUCUCGGACUCGGAGUGCAACAGCCAGACGGAACCGCCGGCGAAACCACCAAGAAUACUGACAAGAAAUGGGCCAAGAGGUAGACGGGGAAAAGCAGUGCAAAGAGCUCCAUCACGCUUGUAUCGAACGCUUGGUGGUCCUAUGAGGUGUUUCAACAAAGCUCAAUGUGUAGGUCCUGAGUUUGUGAUUCGUGCCAAUCAGCCCGCAAAAACGUUAUGUGUAGGCCAAAUCAAGGCGAGCAACUCUGGCCGGAUAGUCGUAAUAAUGCUAACAGGACAACGUGUAGAGGUAACUUGUGAUCCUCAAAAGGUCACAGCCGGAGAUUUAUUCCAGGCUAUUGUUCAAGCGGAGAGUCUCGAUGAAAAUUUCACUCUAGGACUGGCUGUAUUACUAGCCGGGGAUUUCGCAAUAUUACCACCUGACACGAAAUUGAAUAAAGUCGCACCACCGGGAUGGUUAAGCAGCGGCAAGAGCAAAGGUCUUCUGGGUUUACCGACCAGUUUCAUGUUGUACUUGCGGCUUCGAUUCUUCCUGCCGUCCCUUCGUGGCAUCAGAAAUUGGAUAUCGAAGCAUCUACUAUACUUACAAAUAAGGCGAUGUAUAUUGGAGCAGCAGCUGGUUUGUCCUUAUUCCGAAUUAAUAAAUCUGACGGGUCUUGCGCUUCAAGCCGAAUUUGGGAACUACAACGUCACCGAGCACGGAUGCGGAGAUUACUUCCUCCUCGAGCACUAUGUACCGGAGGCACUAAUAUUGAGCGCGAAUCGGCAUCAAUCGCAGCCCUGUGUCGACGCCGAUACACUUCGGGCGCAGUUACACCGCGCUCACCGCGAUCGCUAUGGUCUGGAUUCGAACAAAGCCGAAGAGAUGUUCAUAACUCACGCGCAAUCCUUGCCGGAUUACGGCUCGCACUACUACAUCGCCACGAUGGACUCCAAAGAGUUGGAGAAACUGAUAGCGCAGCAGCGAAAGAGUAAAAACGCAGUGUCCAACGACAACGUCGUCGUGUCGUCGCCCGACGGUUCGAAAAAUGCUUAUCGGCAAGAAAAAUCCAGUCGGGAAAUCUGUCCUGCUUACAGCAGAGCCCAAUCGGUUUCUCGUGAUAACGCACCGUUGAUUUUGCACACGGACGAGCACGCGACGAGCCCUAAGUUACGCCGCAACGAAGUCUGCAAUAAUAUCAAUAGCGUUAAUGGCAAUAGCAACAAGAACAAGGACGGCAAGAAAAAAACGGAAAGCAACGUGUGGCUGGCGAUACAUUCUCAAGGAUUGAAAUUGCUGGAGCGGGGAGGCGAGCCGAGGGAGAGAACGGAACUAGCUAAUUUUCAGUGGCGAGAAGUGCAAACGUUGAGUUAUAGUAAGAGCUGUCUGGUGGUAUACAGCAAGCUAAACGGAAAACGAUGCAAGUUCAAAUUGCGGAUGGAUCAUCGAAAAAGUUACUUUGCCUUCAAACUUACCUCCCUGCAUCAUCAGUUCUUCUUGAGACUUCGUUCAGAGCUCACGUCGCUUCAGGGUAUUGCGAAAGACUUCGGAAUACCUCUGGAAACAAAAACAACAACACCAUUAAAGACAAAAACUGGCGAUGGUAAAACCAAGAUAGCAAUUGCAAACACAGUUAAAGCGCAACAGAAAGUGAAUUAUACAAUGCAAUUGGAGGAGUAUCAAAAUAAAGAAAACGAAAAUCCUCAAAAGGAUAGCAAUGUAGUAGUAGCUAAAGACGUCGGUCGCGAACCCGGCUUUUAUUCAUUGGAGGAAGACGCUCUUUAUGCGCAAGUGAACGUGCGAUUGGAGCCGGAAGGUGAAUCGCGAGACACGGAAGAAGAAUCGGACAGAGAUUUAACAACAUCAAACGUAAUCUUGUUGAAACACGUAGAAACCAAACCAGAAUCUGAUAACAAACUUUACGGUUCUCCCGGUCUUGAAAGCGAGACAGAAACCGAAUGUACAUACUCACUCCCACAAGUUAUAUCGAGCAAUAUCGCUGAAAUAGAUAAACCUAAGAAUCCUGAAGACUUGUAUGCCGCUAUUAAUAAAGUCCGUCUGAAAGAAAAAAACAAACUUCCUGUUCCAGAUGAAGUUUUAAACGUUGAAAAAAACUCAGACGUGAAAAAAACGUUGCACAAGAUGAAGACAUCCAGUUUGCCGAACUACGGCACGUCAAGACAAUCGAGUGGUUUUCGUACACCCAGUUUGCCACGUCGGUUAGGUGUGAAAAUGGGAACGCGAGCAAUUUACAGCAGUUUAGCGCAGAAAGAUGCCGCGCUUACCGACGAUACAGAAUCUUUAUCACUAAAAUCCGACACCGAAUCGUCUGUCCAAUCGUUAUCAGCGCGAUCCAACGAAUCUCCCAUGCCGGAGGCAUACGUGCUAAAUACCGAUAUACGAUCCAACGACGAAACGUUUCGGGUUCCAGAAGAUGAAUCGAUGUCUGCAUCUUUAAUGGUUCGUUUGGAAGAGCUAUCGUUCGCCGAGGAACGAAUUUUACACACGAUCAAACUGGAACGCGGCCACGGUGGUAGCAUAGGUUUGCAAGUGACUGAGGGUAAUGACGGCGGCGUUUAUGUUCAGGCGGUCUCUGUUGGCGGAUCUGCUGAUAUGGCCGGAAAUGUCAAUAAAGGUGACCGGAUUGUAGCGAUAAAUGGGCAGAAUCUGUUAAACCUUUGCUACGAGGACGCUCUGAAGAUGCUACAGAGUUCGUCCGAAACAAUUGAGUUGGUUCUUUCGCAACUCACAAAUCGGAAGAAUCACAUAGAAUCUAGAGAUCAGCGGACUGUACAGAGCAAUUACUUACAUGAUAUUAAAUUUGAUGUGUCAUCGGAAGCAUCCAGUGUGACAAACAAAUGGAUCAUUCAGAAAACGACGGACGUAGCAUCAGUGCAGAAUACUUCGAGUGCAUAUAGCAGUGCCGCAUCCAGCGCAAUGGGUAAUCAUAAUACCGCAAAUAGCCUGUAUAUGACUGAACUUAUCGACAAUAACGCGUUGAAAUCUGCCAGUAUGCUGCUAAGUAUAGAAGACUUCGACGUCAGUAGAGCAAGCCAUCAAGUUUUCAUUUAGAUAAUGAAACUUCAACCGGACCACCCGUGCCACCACGGCGAACGAAACGCAAGAAAAUCAUAUCGGCACCGAUCGCGCCAUCGAUGAC